AUGGGAGGCUCGGAUGCCGCACGACACCGGGGAGGAGUCCUGGUAGAGGAGUUUGUUAGAGGAGUCUAUGGUCAUCUGGCAGGUCACCCCACGCUGUACCUCCGUGGCCUGGAUGUGCUGAACCUGUCCGCGCUCGCUCACGGCGGCGCGGAGUGUCUCUGCGUGCCGGUCCAGGAUUUGCCCCACGCGCCGCUGGAGCGGCAUUUCGACAGCGUGGCGGAGCGUAUCCAUGGUAACCACAGCGGUAGCUCUCUGGUGUGCUGCAGCGCGGGGAGGAGCAGUUCUCCCGCGCUCGUCAGCUUAACGAGGUACGAAGGCGUGAAGCUGCUCCAGGCGCAUCUGGUCCCGUUUAUCCGACCCAACGCCGGAUUCUGGAGACAGCUACUGGACUACGAGCAGAGGCUGCGUAAGAGUAGCAGCCCUCCAGGAGCCCCGGGCUCAUGACCCCGCACACUACAGAUUUUUCGACUCCGUUACUCAGCCCAUAACGGCAUGGACCAUAACAAGUGAACUGGUUUUACCGGGCACCGCUGGAGGCAGAGACCAUUGUGCCCAGAAUGGACUACUAUCCUACAGCCAGAGUGGAGAUGCGCAGCUGUAUUGUGCUAAGGCUGGUUGGCUGUGAAGAUCUGCUGGUGUUGAAGGUAGCAGCAGAAUAAAUGAUUUA